UUCACAAUUUUGUUGUAGGCCUGAUUUUAGUGUAAAGGAGGUCAUGUUGCUUGCUUAGCGAGUACCAUGGACCUCUGCAUCUCAAACACACAUGUCCGCCUUCCUGAAGUGUCAACGCGAGUCGUGCCACCGCAAAGCUAUACCGUAUAUCUCCGGCAGAUGGCGCUAGAAGUUUGAAUGCGGAACCACCAGUUUUGGGGUACCACCAGUCAGGCGCGCUCAAGCAAGCGCGGAGAAUUCCCCAGAUGCGCGUCGCGACGAGCUGUAAACGCUUUAUUCGACUUCGCACACGCUUGCUCAACAGGGGGUGCGCAGCCAGCGACUGCGAAAAGUCUUUGUAGCAGUAGCAGCUAGAUGAACCCUUUACCUAAAGCUCACUCACUCAGUACAGAUAAAAGGGACCAUGAAGACAGCCGUCUGGAGUUAUCUUUUUGCGGACAGUAUCCAGCCCCACCGACCGCUCUCACACACGGACGACUGAAUGACGAGCAAGGAUGGCCGGAGGAAGGAGAGGACUUGUAGCCCCUCAAAACACUUUUUUAGAAAAUAUUGUCAGACGAUCUAACGAUACUAAUUUUGUCCUUGGGAAUGCUCAGAUCGUGGACUGGCCCAUCGUCUACAGCAACGAUGGCUUCUGCAAGCUGUCGGGGUACCACAGGGCGGAAGUCAUGCAGAAGAGCAGCACAUGCAGCUUCAUGUACGGGGAGCUCACAGACAAGGAUACUAGCGAGAAAGUACGGCUAACGUUUGAAAACUACGAGAUGAACUCGUUUGAAAUACUAAUGUAUAAAAAAAACAGAACGCCGGUAUGGUUCUUUGUGAAGAUAGCCCCUAUACGAAACGAACAGGAAAAAGUGGUGCUGUUUCUGUGCACCUUCAGUGACAUCACAGCCUUUAAACAACCAAUAGAAGAUGAAACUUCGAAAGGUUGGGGGAAGUUUGCCCGGCUAACUCGUGCUCUGACCAGCAGUAGAGGGGUGUUACAGCAGCUACAGCCUACUGUACACAAGGGAGAGAACGUUCACAAGCACUCCCGCCUAGCUGAGGUCCUCCAGCUGGGCUCAGACAUCCUCCCCCAGUACAAGCAGGAGACGCCCAAGACGCCGCCCCACAUCAUCCUCCACUACUGUGCCUUCAAGACCACCUGGGACUGGGUCAUCCUCAUCCUCACCUUCUACACGGCCAUCAUGGUUCCUUACAACGUCUCCUUCAAGACCAAGCAGAACAAUGUGACGUGGCUGGUGGUGGACAGCAUCGUAGAUGUAAUCUUCCUGGUGGACAUCGUGCUCAACUUCCACACUACCUUUGUGGGCCCGGCCGGAGAGGUCAUCUCCGACCCCAAGCUCAUCAGGAUGAACUACCUGAAGACAUGGUUCGUCAUCGACCUGCUCUCCUGCCUGCCUUACGACGUCAUCAACGCCUUCGAGAAUGUGGACGAGGGGAUCAGCAGUCUGUUCAGUUCUUUGAAGGUUGUCCGGCUGCUGCGUUUGGGCAGGGUAGCCCGUAAACUGGACCACUACAUUGAGUAUGGAGCUGCCGUCCUCGUCCUGUUGGUGUGUGUCUUCGGCCUGGCUGCCCACUGGCUGGCCUGCAUCUGGUACAGCAUCGGUGACUAUGAGGUGAUAGACGAGGAGACAGGCAUCCUGCGGACAGACAGCUGGCUGUACAUGCUGGGGGAGACAGUGGGCUCGCCAUACCGCUUCAACGCCAGCGGCACAGGGAAGUGGGAGGGCGGCCCCAACAAAGACUCGGUCUACAUCACAUCUCUAUACUUCACCAUGACCUCUCUGACCAGUAUAGGAUUUGGAAACAUCGCCCCCACGACUGAUGGAGAGAAGAUCUUCGCUGUCGCCAUGAUGAUGAUCGGAUCCCUGCUUUACGCCACCAUCUUCGGUAACGUCACCACCAUCUUCCAGCAGAUGUACGCCAACACCAACCGCUACCAUGAGAUGCUGAACAGCGUCCGUGACUUCCUCAAGCUCUACCAGGUGCCCAAGGGGCUGAGCGAGAGGGUCAUGGAUUACAUCGCCUCCACCUGGUCCAUGUCCCGGGGCAUAGAUACUGAAAAGGUAUUGCAGAUAUGCCCUAAGGACAUGAGGGCAGAUAUCUGCGUCCACCUGAACAGGAAAGUCUUCAAAGAACACCCUGCGUUCAGGUUGGCCAGUGACGGCUGCCUGCGUGCCCUGGCCAUGGAGUUCCAGACUAUCCACUGUGCCCCUGGUGACCUCAUCUACCAUGCCGGAGAGAGCGUGGACAGCCUCUGUUUCGUGGUGUCAGGAUCCCUGGAGGUCAUCCAAGACGACGAGGUGGUGGCCAUCUUAGGUAAGGGGGACGUGUUUGGGGAUGUGUUCUGGAAGGAGGUGACCCUGACCCAGGCUUGUGCCAAUGUGCGGGCCCUGACCUACUGUGAUCUCCAUGUCAUCAAACGGGACGCCCUACAGAAGGUUCUGGAGUUCUACACGGCCUUCUCUAACCACUUCUCACGGAACCUGCUACUCACUUACAACCUGCGGAAGAGGAUUGUGUUCAGAAAAAUCAGCGAUGUGAAACGGGAGGAAGAGGAGCGCCUGAGACGAAAGAAUGAGGCGCCCCUCAAUCUCCCGCCGGACCACCCGGUGCGUCGGCUCUUCCAGCGGUUUCGUCAGCAGAAGGAGGCCCGUAUACAUCAGGAGCAGGCGGACCCAGCCGACGACAUGGAGAGAGGCCAAACCGUGAAUGUCGAGCCCACUCCCAUUCAUGAAAUCCUCGCCACCACCAGCAUUGUCACCGUUACCGAAAGCCCAGCCACACCCAUUCCUUCGGUCUCCAUAUUGGCCUCCACAACCUCCAGAUCGUCAGACAAAGCCAAGCUCCAGGCCCCGUCUCUCCGAGUGUUCGAGCCGGCCAAGGUCAAAGGCUGGGGACGCUUCAAGGACUCCAUGGCCAAGGAGUCCAACUGGAACAAGGUGUCCAAAGCGGAGUCCAUGGAGACGCUACCCGAGCGGAGCAAGGCAGGGGCAGCCCACGAGUCCCAGACCUCGCUGAAGAAAACCGACUCGUGCGACAGCGGCAUCACCAAGAGCGAUCUGCGUCUAGACAACGUAGGGGACGGCUCCCGCACCACAGGCACCACGCCACAGGACCGCAGCCCUGUGGCACCCCCUGAGGUGGCCAAGCAGCACGCCUUCUACCCCAUUCCAGAGCAGACUCUCCAGGCUUCUGUUCUGGAGCUCAAGCUGGAGCUCAAAGAAGACUUGAAAGCCUUGAACACCCGCAUGGCCGGCCUGGAGGCCAAGCUAGCAGAGGCUCUGAAGCUCCUCAAGGUCCAAAGGAGAGCUCCCAGCUCCCCCAAGCCUCUCUUUGAGAUCUCCAGACCCACCACACCAGACUCGGACAAGGAGGACAUAUUUUCGUAGAAGCAAAAAAGGGACGUACGUUGAGAGUGUGAAGACAGGCAACAGAUUCAGAAAAUCUUUAUUGUCCCAAUGCUGGGCAAUUUGGUCACAGGGCCACAGAUUCUGGGAGUUGUUGGUGUAUCUCAGCUGAGGCCAUUUAUUGGCCCUCACCUUGCCGAUGCCUGUGAAAGCAGCAGAUGAUGGAGCUACGAUGCUGUUAAUUUAAAGAGGACCUGGUGGUUUUACCCGUAGGUUAUCGAACCUUGGAGUUGA